AUGCCGGCUUUAUUGCACAAAAGCAGACUACUGCAGAUAGUCAAGGGAGAAUUGGCUAUUCCAGCUGAACCACAUUUAAGAGAGCAAUGGAUUGAAAAGGAUCAGGAUGCAAGAGCCGAUAUCCUGAUUGCUUUAGCACCAAAAAUUUUAUUGCUUGUAAGAAAUUUGAAAUCUUUCGAACAGAUCUGGGAUUUCUUAAGAGAAACUUAUGAAAAACGAUCAAAACGACAAAAGGCAGAAAUAUAUAGAAAACUAUUGAAUCAUAAAAUGAAUGCUGGACAAACUAUCUCAAAAUAUAUUGAAGAUUUUGAUGAACUUUAUAUGCAAUUGGAAGAAAUGAAUGGCAAAAUUGAAGAAGAAUUACAAGUCAUCAUUUUGUUAGACGGAUUAUCCAGUGAUUAUAAAUAA